AUGACGGCCUGGAGGGCUAGAGAAAAGGCAAUGAAUGAAUUAAGAGGGGAACCAAUAGAAUCAUACAAGAAGUUACCGGGAUAUGUGUACAUAUUGGAUAAAACAUACCCUAGAUCACAUGUGAGAAUGCACAAAUCACAACAAAAUGAGUUCUUGUAUUUGUUUAUAGCACUUAAAGCGUUCAUGAAAGGCUUCGAGUGUUGUAGACCAAUAGUUGUAGUAGAUGGUUCCCACCUUAAAACUACAUAUAACGGUACUUUUGUAUCAGCCAGCACGUUGGAUGGUGCAGGUAAUAUUCUACCAUUGGCAUAUGGUGUGAUAGAUUCAGGGAACGAUAAGUCUUGGACUUGGUUCUUUGAGCAGUUCAAACAAGCUUAUGGGAAUAGGGAUAACAUGUGUGUUCUAUCAGACAGACAUGAGAGCAUCAUUAAGGCGGUGUCUAGAGUAUAUCCAACUGUGCCACAUUUGGCGUGCAUAUGGCAUUUAUGGAAAAAUGUGACCACGAAAUACAAGUCGAAUGGUGAAGUAUUGAGUCUUGUAUUCUAUGCACUUGCAAAAGCAUACACACAGGCUGAGUUUGAUAAGCUGAUGGAGAAGAUUAAGAAGGUUGAUUUUCGGGUAAAAGAGUACUUGGAGGAUGCUGGAAGGGAAAAGUGGGCUCGACUGUAUUCACCGGUUAACAGAGGAUGGACAAUGACCUCAAAUAUAGCCGAAUGUAUUAAUGAAAAAUUGGUAGUAGCAAGAGAGUUGCCUGUUUUCGAUUUUCUUGAAGAAGUGAGGAAGAUGUUUGGGAGAUGGAAUUGCACUAAUAAGAGGAACGGUACAUACACAUUCACAACACUUGGAAAAGCAUUCCAGCAAUUAUUAUCAAUAAACGAACGUAAAUCUCUACGUAUGACGGUUGAACCAUCAAUUGAAUAUGUGUAUGCCGUAAAUGAUGAGGCAAGGCGUUUCAUAAUUGAUCUUAAAAAGAAAACAUGCAGUUGUCGAAUGUUCCAAAUGGACGAGAUACCAUGUCCACAUGCAUGGGCUGUAUAG